AUGAAUUGCCAUGGUGGUAACGAAAAUCGAUUUGUCACGGAGGCGCAGUGCAAUCGUUUUUGCCAAGGUUCAGCGUGUGCAGCUGGUGAAGCAGUAGCUGUCACCCCAGAAGGAGUUCCACUCAUCUGCCAUAAGCCGUCGAUUUGUCCACAGGGAUACAAAUGUGUCUACAACAAGCUCUUCAACAGACAUCACUGCUGCGGAUUUCCUAACAAUGGUGGCGUUUGUCCGGUGGAUUCCGUGUCGUACACCUCUUUGGCUACAGGAGCCGCUUUGCGUUGCAUACCAUCAGCUCGCAGUGAUUCNUGUCCAGAAGGAUUCAUUUGUGUGGGAAAAGGACAGAGUGUACGGUCAUUGAAUGGGGUUCAUAAGUUCUGUUUGAACUGCACAACAACUUACUUUGUCCUUGAUCAGCUCACUGUACCUUCUAUUGGAUUCGCUUUUGGUUCAUUGAUGAAGGAAUGA